AGCGCACCCCUCUGCUCCAUGUGGCCUCUCUCUGAUGUGGGUUUUCCUCUGGCACCUGGGGAGUCUUGGAUGGACACCCGCUCCAGGAGCCAGUGUUCCCGGAGCCCAAAAGCCGUGCUCAACAACGGAGAGCUGGUCUUGCCGCCCCGCAUCUCCAGAGUGAACGACUGGUUGUUACCCCUGCACUACUUCCAGGUGGUGACCUGGGCUGUCUUCCUGGGCCUUUCAUCGGCCACCUUUGGGAUCUUCAUUCCCCUCCUGCCUCAUGUGUGGAAAUAUGUCGCCUACGUGGUGACCGGGGGGAUCUUCUCCUUCCACCUCGUCGUCCACCUGAUUGCCUCCUGCAUCGACCCGGCCGACUUCAAUGUCAGACUCAUGAAGAACUACUCUCAGCCCAUGCCGAUCUUCGACAGAUCGAAACACGCACACGUGAUCCAGAACCAGUUCUGCCACCUGUGCAAGGUCACCGUAGGCCAAGAAGAUGACCACCUUUGAGUAUCUCGUUAAGACCCGCAAAGAAGAGAGUUCAAAACACCAAGCGGCGAGGAAAGAUCCACUCGCGCAAAUGGAGGAAGGAUUUCUCCAGGAAUCCAAAGCUCCUCUUAGCAGAGUGAUCAGAAACUAAUUGGCACCGUAACCUGCAUUUGGACUUUGGCAUCAGACAGACCUGGGUUCUAGGCCAGUGUGGAGAUGCUGCUGGUUCUAUAACCUCAAAGGACGUUGUGUGUAUGUAAUAUCUGGAGUCUUCGGGGAAUCACUUUUUUCACUUAAUACUGACUUGCCAAGCUAGUGAACCAUCAAAGAUUUCCUCAAUUAUCUAGCUACAAACAAGGGGGAAGGUCUGUCUCUUUAAAUCUUCCAGUGGAUGCUGCUGGAGGAAGCCACUGCUGCCAAGUGGAUC